AUCGGGACCUCACAUAUGACUGAUGAAUAUUUGAAGCUAAUUGCUAGCUCUGCUGCCAAAAAGAAUCAAGAAAAUGAGUCUUCAGAAUGGGGUGAGGUGGGGUCAAGUUGGGAAGAUAUCAAAGAAGCAGACUAUGGUAGUGAAGAAGUUGAUGUGAUCCCUGAAAUACCGAGCAAUGGUAUCCAGAAACUUAUUGACUUGCUUGAACCUCUGAAAACCAGGAAGAAAAGUGUUAGAGAAUGUAAAUGUAAAACAACUAAACCAAGAGAAGAGGAAGAAGAGAUAACAACACUUGAACCAGAGAAAGUAUCUGAAAAAAAUAAUGGAACCAUUGACUUGUCUCUUCCAUCGGUUGAAUCUGGAAAUGACUAUGGAUAUCUUGAUUACGACGCAGAUUUAGAUUUGAGAACCAAAGACCAAUGCAAUGCUAAAACUGAAUCUUUCACAGUUCCUUUUUUGUGUUUGGGCAAAUGUUCCAAGAGUAAAAAAUGUCAAAACUGCCAAAAAAUAUGUAUGUAUGAUACGGAUGUAUUUAGAAAUGAAAAAACCCAUAUAAAUGGCAAGCUUCCACCUAAUGAAAAAAAAUUUCAAAAAAAGCUUUGCAAUAAAAACAAAUGGGUCCUAUUAAGAGAUUACUGUCAUCCAAAAUGCAAGAAAGCUUCCGACUGCAAAAAGUUACCAAAAAAUGAUGGAAAAAAUGUACGAUGUGAAUCAGUUUGUGUUUAAUAGUAGGGAUAGUAGAGUUUCCAGCGAAAAGGAAAAAUCUUUUCGCAAAAAAUUUUUUUUGCAACCUUUUUGAUUCAUUUUUGCUUUACUUUUGC